AUGGUUGUAAUUUCUAGGAAACAUCUUGCAAAGAGGACGCGUUCGCACUCCCAAUCCAACUUCCAAUCGCCAUCCCCUGCGACGGCGGCGGCUAAGGCGGCGGCGGCGGCAGUGACAACAGUGGCGAUGGCACAUGGGCGGAGGGCGCAGCGCUCGCUGACGGCCCUCGCAUGGCUCGCAAGGUGGCUCGCCAUGCCUUUUGAGUUGACUCAGAAGUCACCUCGCCUCACAGGGCGCCUUGCACGCCUUGCAUGGCUCGCAGGAUGGCUCGCCGCCGGCCUGCUCGCGCCGCUUGUGAAGGCCAACGUUGUUCCGCUCGAACCCACUCAAGUGCAAUUCCUGAACGACUCGCAGGCGGCGUGGAGGUACGUGAAGUUCCCGGGCUUGGAGGACCCCAAACCCGACUGCGUCCCGCUUGCUGCGCUCGACAUCACUUGCAACGCGCACGGCAUGAUUGAUCACCUGUUGCUGGGGAACCAGAUUCUGGGAGGGCCCAUUCCGCAGUCAAUCAGCAACCUCAGGAACUUAACCUGGCUAGGUCUCUCCUCGAGCCAACUUUCAGGCAGCAUCCCGGCAGGCAUCGGUGAUCUCAUUCACAUGGUGUACAUUUCUGCAACAAUUGCCCUGCCCCUGCACCCACUGCUUCCUCGCACGUUCUGCCCUGUCAUGCCUCUGCUGCCCCCUG